UCUUCCUCCCCACUAUUAGAGCAGAUCUCCUAUUAGAGCUCCCAAUUCAGAGAUUCAGAAGAACCCAGAAAAAAAAAAUGGCUUUUUUCUCGAUGAUAUCGGCAUCAUCCCAACUCUACAUUCCAAAGAAGCUAGCUUUUCCAAUCCGGUGCUCCUCCGCUUCAUCGUCGCCGUCUAUUUCAACCCAAUCGAGCUCCCUCAAGUUCGAUUUGAAAACCUACUGGACUACCCUGAUCGCCGACAUGAAUCAGAAGCUUCACGAAGCCAUUCCGAUUCGGUACCCAGAGCAGAUCUAUCAAUCCAUGCGGUACUCCGUCCUCGCUGAUGGCGCCAAGCGAGCCUCACCGGUCAUGUGCGUCGCAGCCUGUGAACUCUUCGACGGCAACCACCUUGCCGCCUUCCCUAUCGCCUGCGCUCUUGAAAUGGUACAUGCGGCUUCACUCAUACACGACGAUAUUUCGUGCAUGGAUGACGACCCAUCACGGCGAGGCCAGCCCUCGAACCACAUAAUUUACGGCGAUGACAUGGCUAUUCUCGCCGGGGAUGCUCUGUUUCCAUUGGGGUUUCAGCACAUUGUAUCAAACACGCCUUCCAACCUUGUGUCGGAGCCGCGCCUCCUGCGUGUGAUCACAGAGAUUGCUCAGACCGUGGGUCCCACGGGAAUGGCGGCCGGGCAGUUCCUGGACCUUGAAGGCGGGCCAGAGGCGGUGGAAUUCGCUCAGGAGAAGAAGUUUGGGGAGAUGAGUCAGCGCUCUGCUGUUUGCGGAGAACUGCUGAGGGGUGCUGAAGAUGAUGAGUUGGAUAGGCUGAGGAGGUAUGGGAGAGCUGUUGGGGUUUUGUACCGGGUGGUUGACGAUAUUCUUGAGGAGAAGAUGAAGGGCGGAGAUGAUUAGCAUGAAGAUAAAUGAGAUUGGAUACGUCCCAGACACUAGCCACGUACUUUUCUAUGUAGACCAGCAGGAGAGGGAAGUCAAGUUGCAGUACCAUAGUGAGAAGCUUGCUCUAGCAUUUGCGCUUCUUAAC